CGUGAGCGCCCCAGUUUCCUGUUGCUAUUGGAUUACACUUCCAUAUUUUUCACCUCAAAGAGCAUUUGUGAUGUGAAGUACAGCGGUGAGUUCGCUCUUUCUGUGUUAUCUGUCCCCACGUACCGAGUCCGUUUUACAUCCUGCCUCGUCGUUGCAGUACAGCGGAGCAGCUGAUCGCGGGGAAAAUGGCCAACUGUGUGGCUUUCCAGAGCAAGUUAACCUCGAUCAUGGAGAUGCUAGCUAAAGCAGCCGUGGUGGAAAUCAGCAAACUGUGGGAGGACGGCUUCGCUUUGGUCCAAGUCGAGCUUCGGAGGAGAGAGAGCGAAAUCGAGGCGCUGAACAGAAAGUUGUUGUUGAUGGAAAAGGAGCGGUUAGCGAGCCGGUCCCAGACUACAAAUAACUCCUCAUCAUCUUUUUCCAAGAGAGAGCAGCAGAGCAAGCUGCUGCCGCCCGCCGGUGAUGGGCCUACAAUAGAGUCAGUCCAGACCUUGUCUUCCGAUCAGAGCCUGAAAGAUAAGGUGGAUGCGUCACCAGACCAGAGGACAUCACCACCUGCUCAGCCAGAAGAGAAAUGCAGUGAGCAGCCCAAAUCUGACAGCAAGGGCAAAGAUGAUGAAGACCUAAUAGUCAAACUAGAAGACGAGGAUGACGUCCAGAUUGUGGAGCAGGUAGUGGACUCGGAUCACAACCUUAACAGUGGAGCAGGUCCCCGUGAGAUGAAUCUGAACCACCAACCUGCUGAGGUUGUGGAAGAACAAGAGUCUCAGCACUGGCUGACUGUUUCAGUGGGCGACAGCGACACUGCCGAUGACUCUGAGUGCUUUUUCGAACCAAAACAGUUGUCUCAAAAUCUGGACUCAGAAAUCUUGCUCAUUCAAAAUGCCUUGGACAUUUUUGAUAAUUCAGCAGAGGCGGCAUAUUCUGACAGGUUCACACGGGACAAUGAGACAGUUCAAGGUGCAUUAAGUAAACCAAGGGCUCCGGUGACUUUCAGCCAGUCUCAGCCAAGUCAACCGACAGAAGCAAUAAAUCACCCAGAGAGGGGGAUGUCCAUUAGAUUCCUCUCAGAAAAACAACAACAAACUAAAAACAUGUCACCCUUUAACCCAGACAGCAGACUCUUUCUUUUAAAUGACCCAGAGUUUCACAAAACUAUUGCAGGACGCCGCAUUAGAGAGAAGUGGUACAUCUGCCCGUUCUGCGGGAAGAGCUUCGAUCGUAUCAGCCACCUGGAGAUUCACCAGCGAAUUCACACAGGAGAGAAACCGUACACAUGCGAUACAUGUGGCAAGUGUUUUUCUCAGAGGAGUAACCUUCGCACCCAUCAACGGACUCACAAAGAGGCUCUUACACAAAAUGCAGUUUAAACCAGUAGAUUUUGGAGAAAAGCUAGAAAUAUCCAAGUGGCUUUUAGAUUUAGAUUUAUUAACAAAUUCUGUUUGUCUUUUGAUAUUUCUGGAAAAAAUAAUGUAGCAGACAGAUUUUAC